GGGUGUCCCGCUCCUGGUAGGCUAGGCUCGCGCUCCCUCAUCCCACUCCCACGCACGUGUACUACUUUACUUACUGGUGGGGGGCCGGUCUCCAGUUCCGCAGGAUAUGAAGAUUUUCAGUUGGGUAGCCAACAAGAUCGGCGGGAAGCAAGAACCGAAGCGAUCUGCCGCGCAUUAUCGUGGCAACGUAUCAGAAUGUCGCAACGACGAGUUCAGUGAUUGGCCCCAAUCAUUGCUGGCAAUCGGGACGUUUGGGAACAGGCAGCUGGAGGAAGGGGUGGUGGAGACGUCUUCUGGGAACGUCCAGGCCGCGCAAGACCCCGCCAAGUUCACAGAGGAAGAAGAGGCGGACAGCAUACGGAGAGAACUCGAGGUGCUGCUGCUGCAAGGCAAUAAUAAUAAUGGCGGCCAAGCAGAGGCGCAGGGCUCUCGUGGAGACGAACGACGACAGGUAGCUUGGAAAGAGCAUGACGGUGAAUGUAGCAAGGAGAAGCAGCCGACGAGCGGGGAGAUGGUCACGAGCAAGGCGAGAGCGAGAGAAAUGGUAGCAGGGAAGAAAAGGAGCACGCUGAAGCCAAGGUCGGUGGCCUCGCUCCUUAGACUGCUCGCGUGCAAGGGCGGCUUUGCCACCCCGGUUCUGGAACCGAGGAGCCCUUUCCCCCAGUCGAGAAUGGAGAAGCUGCUCAAGGCGAUACUGGAGAAGAAGAUACACCCGCAGAACCCCAGCACGGCUGCAGCGAGGCGGCACCAGCUGGACUGGAAGCUAGACGAGAAAGAGAUCGACGAGUGCCUUGACGACGCGCUGCGUGACCUCGACGACGACGGCGCCAAGUGGGUCAAAACUGACUCGGACUUUAUUGUGCUCGAAAUGUAAAGGCCCGCGCGUGUGUGGUUAUGUUUGUUUCUUUGAGGCCAGGUCCCGAAGCUCUCUCUUGGCGGCCUGGUGCAAAUAUAUAUAUGAUUAUUAGAUUAUAUAUGUGAUAAAUAGAAGGAAUUAAUUAUGGGGGUAUUGUAAGCAUCAUGAGGCUAUCAUGUACCAUCUGUAAGUUUGGGUUUAUGAUGAGUCGGAACAACAGAUCCUAUUCCAUGCCUGCUUCUCUUUGGAUUGGCUGUGAGAUUGUAAAGAAGGCACCGUCCGGUUUUUCUUUUUCUUUUCAAGUGCCGUUGGGCGUUGCCUGUUUCUCAACA